CCAAAUUUCAAAGGACUUCCUCCCGAAGAACAGCCGCAGAGAAGCCUGGAGACAACGGAGAUAAAAUACGGCGAGAAAAGUCUCCUUCAGCUUCGGUGGAUCAGACAGUCGUCAGUUGCUCCAUCCUGUCAGGCUUCCCCACCUGUGAGCCGGCUGAUGUCAGCUGAUGUCAGGAGGCUGGAUUUUAAUCUGCCUCGCUCACGCUCCACCUUGGCUGACAGCUGUGCAAACCUGCAAAUAUUAAACGUCAGAAGUGGAGCUAGAAGUCACGGCUGUCAGGCUUUCCAGCAGGUUUGCUUGUCACAGUUUUAAUGUUUGCUGCGGCGGUGGCACACAUCCCGUCCACACUGCAGCGCCUCUUUAUUCUGCAGCCCUGCGUCUUAUUGCCUCCACUCCAUGGGGGAUUUGCUGUGUUUGAGCCGGGGCUCAUAACAGAGUGUGGGAGCUCAUUUCCACACUUCAGCAGCUCGUACAGUGCUCAUUAUUUAUUCAUGUAUGCACAGCAGGACACAGUAAGUCCUCGGCUUUCCACACUAAUGCAGACACCUGUUGCUCAAAGCCGCUGCACCUGUCUGUAACCUUCACACUCGCUGCUUCCAGGCCGGGAAUAUUUUACCUGGCAGCGUAGCUGUAUGUCAGACACCUUCACUUUGUUAGCACAGAGCUGUAUGUAGAGAUGGAUCACAGCCUGCUGUAAGCCAGGGCCGGGCACAGAUUAGGGGAGGCCUCUGGGUGAGGGGGGCUGAGAGGGGGCAGAUAAUCAGCCCUUUAGUCAUGCUGUCCGGGGUGCAGCCGUGCUUCCAGCUGCUCCGGAUCGGGUCGUCGUCGGGCGACUCGGCGAGGGACCUGUACACCUUCAGGCCGGCGCUGAGCCACUCGGUGUUCCGUCUGGGCCGGGCGGCGGAGCUCUGCGAUGUCACGCUGGACUCAACGUCGGUGUCACGCAUCCACGCCGAGCUGCACGCCGAGAGGGAGGCGGGCGAAGGCGACCCGGCGCUGCAGGAGGAGGGCUGGACGGUCCACAUCAAGGACCGGAGCAGCCACGGAACGUGGGUGAAUGAAGUGCGCCUCCAGCCGGGCCUCCAGUGGGAGCUUUCAGACGGAGACACGCUGAGCUUCGGCGGCCAGUCGGACUCAGGAGGCCCCGAGUUCUACUUCUUCUUCCAGAAGGUCAAAGUUCGGCCGCUGGACUUCGAUGCCAUCACCAUUCCAAAGGCGGGGACGUUCUCCUCCGACCUGCAGAACCGGAUCAGGACCAACUCGGACCGUAAAGUUGCCGCCAACCUGGACCUCUCCAAGCUGGCCAUCAACCGGGCCACCGUCAUCCUCAACUCCAUCGGCAGCCUGAGCAAGAUGAAGGGCAGCGCCUGGACCUUCAAGAGGAGCAUCAGCCACGAGGGCGCCGUGUCCGACCCCGGCGCCUCCUCCUCGCCUCCCCUCGCCGUGGGCUUCUCCUCGCUGCUGCCUCCCUCCACGCCGCCGUCGUUUUCCUCUGCGGUUUCGGCACCGUCGACCAAAUCCCUCCCGCCGACCUCCAGGAGCAGGAGGAAGUCGGCUCACACGGUGCUGCUGGAGGACGACAGCUCGGACGAACCCAGAAGUCGAGGAGCUGUGGUUGGGGUUGUGGAGGACGGUCAGAGGUCGAGGGGGAAGAAGAGGCGGCGGCUCUACAAGUCGGAGUCUGAGAGUUUCAGCUCUCCUCCUGCUCCUCCGCUGCAGCCCAAGAUCCACAGUGACGUCAGGAGGCCGCUGGAGGCCAAACCCUUCCCCGUGGGCAUCCGGACCAUCGGCAGCUUCCACGGCGCCAUGACCAACAGCCGCCUGAACCACCACCUGCUGCAGGCCUCCUUCGCCAACGUGGCCGUGCACAAGCAGGAAGCGGAGACGAUGCACCGGGUCAAGACGGUGGUCCACGGCAACAUCGCGGCGUUCCGCCAGCAGAAACCAGCGCACGGUUCACCGGUGGCUCAGAGGGGCAGGCGGAGGGCUCACAGCUCCCCGGUGUUCUCCCCCCUGGUGGUGGGAGGAGAAAACUACAGCCUGGCCUCGCCCUCGGUGAGGAUCCGCACAGAGGACCGAGGCCGGAUGCAGUUCAACAGGUUCCAUCAUCCAACAAGCAAGCGACGAGGCCGCCCCAGGAAACACCCUCUCCCUCCCCGGCCCUCCCUGCCCUCUCCAUCCUCCUCGUCCUCCUCGUCCACCUCCUCGGCCUCCUCCUCCUCCGGCUCCUCCUCUUCCUCCUCCGAGGACGAGGACGAGGACGAGGAGGAGGACGAGGAGGAGGCGGCGGUCGGGUCGGUGGAGCCGUGUGCGGCGCCACGGUGUCGGCUGCCUCAGCAGGACACGGUCCAGUGGAUCCAGUGCGACGUGUGCGACGCCUGGUACCACCUGGACUGUCUGCACGUCGACCGCAAGAAGCUGCUCGUGGACCCCAACGCAGACUUCCACUGCGGCUGUCGCUGACGAUUAAAUAAAAUCAAACCCCACACUUGAAACUCUCUAGUCGCCACACUCUUCUCCUUAGAUGUUUAUUCCCUUCAGUCGUAACAGUGGAAAUCAUCAGAGUUUUCAUCCAACACACUGCAGCCUCAUCUAACGUCCACUAAGCUGCUUCCUGUCGUCUCUUUUCCGGUCUGUCCUUCCCUUAUUUGAGGACCUAACAGUCACAGGGCUACUUCAUAAACCUCCGGUUCGCUCAGUUUCAGAGCUUUGUAGGAAAAACUGUAAUGAAACAUCUCAGCUUGGGUUUCAUUCAGGCUGGAGAGGUGUGAUCAGGGCGGGAACACACGAUGAGAUGUUUGCUCCCACCGUGGAACGAACUGCAUCCGGGAAGAUUAAUGAAACGUGUCCGAUCAGGCCGCCACCGUUGGAGUGAUUAAACAUUCUGAGAUGUCUUUCUGCUGCUUCCUACACAUUUCCACUGACCGGGGCGGAUUUUUCGAGGCAGUAACGGACCUUCAGUGAACAUUUUACCUCUGCGAUAAUUAGACUUGGGUAAAUAUUUGAGUGCGGCUCUCCUGGAUGGCAGCAGAGGAGUUUCAAGACAAUUAAAUGUCAAGAAAUGUGACGGCAGACUGGCGUUGCUCCUGCUGCUACUGACGAGAGCCGCUCUCCAGAUGAUAAUCAGAUGUUUCCAGGCACUUCUGCAGGAGCAGCUGCUGGGUAUUUUUUGGGAGGAAAGUGUCUGAUGGGACUGUUUUCUCUUAUAAAGUGCAGGCUGACAGCUCGACUCAUUACCAGGGAAAUGACAUGAAACAUCGCCUGCUGAUGUAACGGGAAAAACAGGUUUAUGAAACAACGUGGCACCGCACAGAAUCUUCCUGCUUCACCUUUAAAAGACUCUUCACACUACUGAACUAUGGGUUGAAAAAGCAGCCGGACCAGAACAGUUCACGUCUUCACUCAGGUGCUGCUUGAGUAUGGAAAAAACAACAAAAGCACCUUUUUUUUGAACAUUUAAUUCCAAGUUUUGGCUCAGUAUGACUCACCAGGACAAUAAAAACCAAAACAAUCUCUUUAUUUUUGUUUAACCUGCGCCACUUUUCUCAUUCUCCUAACAGCUCUGCCUCUCAGAUGUUCAUAUGAUAGCGGUGCUAAAAAGAAAAGUACAGUUCGUCUGUGCAGGUGUUCGUUCAUACCAAUGUGGCAGAUCUGCAGGCUUUAAGUGUGUUAAAAGUGGGAGAAAAAAAAACAUGAUUCUUGAGCAAUAAAAUAAGGAAAAAAUGUAAAAAAAAAAAAAAAAAAUUUUAGCUUGUUUGUGACUAGUGUGGACUGCGACGUUGAAGAAUUAAGAUGAAUGAAUGCUUCAAGUGCAGCUGGAUUAGAUUUUAUGUGAUUUCAGCUUCACUGAGGCUCAACUUGUUAAACAGCCGCCAUGAAAAGUCUGAAAGUUUAGGUUAGAAAAACAUACAAUUGCUGUUUUUUCACUUAAAAAGAUUGAUUUUAAAAAAAUGGUAUUAACUAGCCAAAAGCCUCCAGUUUCACUUAAAAUAAUUUGAGUGUAUCGUUGGUUUUUACAUUUAACAUCGUCACAUAUCACUCUCCUGCACUUCUGUAGAUAUUAACAUAAUGACCUCAUACCUGUUUGGUUCUUUUUUGCAGUUUGUUGCUCAGAUUUACACAGAAAAAUUCGGGUUUUCUUUGUGGAUCUUUUGUACUUUGGGUCUGAAUGACUUUAAAGCUGGAAUUUGUUGCAGUUUCUUCCUCCUGUAUAGUUGCCUGUUGUGCAUUUUCUAGUCUCCAAAUGCAUUUCUAUGCCUUCUUAGCUUCAUGUGUGUUAUCUUCAGCACCUCACUAGUUGUUAACGCAGCUGUUUGUCACUUUCAUACGGCCUGUCAGAUAGUUGGAAAUGUCUUUACAAGGAUGUUGUCAAAACAGGCAGCCAGUUAGAAAAUAUCAUUUAUAAAUAUGAAUUUAACUGCUUAGAAUUAAAAUAGUUGGAGUCAUGCAACAUAAAAAAAGUCUGAGAAGCAGUUUUCAGUGGAAAUGACUCCAAAUGUAAAUCAAAAUGCAGCAACAAAGGGAGCAGAUUCACCGCAACACGCUGCUGUUUUGACAUUAAAGAUACGUUUGAGGUAGACGAAGCAGACAAAUGUUCCUUGUAGGUUGAGUUUGAGCUGAUUCCAGAACAGUCCUGACAGGUUAUUGAUCAGUGACUGAAAGUGGCGUCUGCUCCGAUGAAAGAAAUCCACAGUUCAGUGCAGAAAUAUAUCCGGAUGACUCAGAGUUACAGAAAUCAAAUCCUCCAUGUUUCCAGCUACAGUGUGUGAUUGUUGAGUUUUGCGGUGAUGGUGUGACUUGUGAUAAAUAAACACGUAUUGAAGUGUAUUGCUACAAGCUGUACAGUAUUUUCUGCUUUAAAAAGCUAACACAGACUCCAAACCUUAGAACACACAUGGAAGAGGUGAAAUUAAUGACUUUAAACAUGGUUUUAUUGAGCAAAUUGCAUCCAGUUUAACAGAAAAUUAAUCUACUUAAGAAAUUCUGACAAUGAGAAAUUGAAGUUAGGAAAUAUCUUCAACAAAAACCUCCUUUUUCCCCUCAUUAUUUCUCAGCCAUCCUGCUUGCUAACCUCUCAAAUCUGAUUGGUCAAAUGUUUGUGUACAGACUGUAAAUGAUUUUUCUAAUCAAUUGCAUUACAGGCAGUGUUUUUUUGGGAUGUGUAUGUUCAUAUUGUGAUAAUAAAAAAUGCAAUUUAUCAGCUCUAGCACUAGUUUUAAUGCGAAAUGCCUUCAUUUUGUUUCCCUGAACAGUGUUUCAAAGUGAAUUUUGUACAGAAAACUGAAAGUAUGUGACAUAAACGUUUGAUUUCA